AUGGCUGAUCAUGUUUACGAUGCUACAUUCACCGACCGCGUGGUCGACGCCAUGGGUCCCAAGACAAACCCUCGUCUGCGCCAACUGAUGGCCGGCUUCAUUCGACACAUGCACGAUUUUGCGCGAGAGAAUGAGUUAACAGUGGACGAGUGGAUGGCUGCCGUACAGAUGAUCAAUUGGGCUGGCCAAAUGAGUGAUAGCAAGCGGAAUGAAGGGCAGCUUCUAUGUGAUGUGAUCGGGCUCGAAUCAUUGGUUGAUGAGAUAACUUACAAAGUAGCCGCCGAAUCAGACAGACCUACAGCAACAGCCAUCCUAGGCCCCUUUUUCCGAGCGGACACAAUGGCCCGUCAGAAUGGCGACAGUAUUGUCACUGGGGUCGACGACGGAGAAAUGGCAUUCAUGCAUGGCCAGGUGUUAGAUUACAAGACCAAGAAGCCUAUCCCUGGCACCGUGGUCGAGGUCUGGCAGGCCUCUACCAACGGGCUAUAUGAACAGCAAGACCCGGACCAGGUCGAACAUAACCUCCGAGGCAGAUUCACCACGGAUGACAAUGGUCGAUACUGGUUCUACUGCCUGAGGCCAACGCCGUAUCCGGUUCCUGGCGAUGGCCCCGCAGGAAAACUGCUAGAGCUCAUGGACAGGCACCCCUAUCGUCCGGCACAUAUUCAUAUCUUUGCUACACAUGAUGGAUACAAACCACUCGUCACACAAAUAUUUGACCGGAAGGAUCCAUAUCUCACCGACGACUCCGUAUUUGCUGUGAAGGAGUCGUUGAUUGUGGAUUUUGUUCCACGGGAAGGAGAUCCCAAAGCUUCACUCGAACUGAAUUACGACGUGAAGCUAAUGGCCGAUGAGCCUACAGGCCAGUUUUUGGCUAAAGAUGCCAUAACCUAG